GACCAGAGACGGGUUGAGCACAAAGAAUGACCGGGUAACUUUUGAGAGAAGGUGACCGGUCAUAUCACUUUACUUGGCUAACAUUGGUUCAGUCUCUUAGGCAUGGUGAACCACGUCAGAGGUCAAGGGGACACCCCGCCGCUCAUCCAUCACGAGGCACACAGAAGCGUAGCAAGAAAGCUACGUGCCCUGGAAGAAAAGGUGGACGAGAAGGCGGGAGCAAAGAAGCACACCCUGGCCAAAUCACCCUUUUCGGCCAGGGUACAUGCACAAAAAUUGAGGCGUAAGGUCAAGCUGGACGUGGAAAAAUUCACUGGAAAGGAGGAUCCAAACGUCCACCUUGACACCUUCCACAAUGCAGCACAGAUGACCGGGUGCACUGAUGCUGAGGAAUUCUUGCUCUUCUUCUCAUCCUUGAGAGGGAGACCUGUGGAAUGGUUUAACGGCCUUCCCCAUGGCAAGAUUGGGUCCUUUGAGAAACUUGCUGAAGUUUUCCGCAAGAAGUACCAGGACAACUGCAUCAAGAGAAAGAAGUUUACCUACCUUAACACGGUAGGGCAGAGGGAGAAGGAGACCUUGACUCAAUUCUUAACCCGCUGGAGGGAUGAGGUUGACAAGGUAGAAGAGAUGGACGAUAAGACGGCCAUGUCUUUGUUGAUGAAUGCCUUCCGGUCAGGUGACCUCUACACUGAAUUCUGUAGGAGGCCGCCCUCCUCUUAUCAGGAAGCCUACAAUACGGCAUGGGAAUAUGCCGAGGCAGAAGUGCUGAACAAGAAUAAGCGGGAGCUGGAGGAAGGCUACACAAAAUCGAAAUCCGACAAGCCAAAGAAAGAUGAGCAGACUGGAGGGUCCAAACUAAAGGCCACAUAUGACGGAUCCAUCCACCAAAUAAGGGAUGAUAAGAAGGGAGAGCAACCCAAGAGACAAUGGACGGAGAAGUGGUGCACAUACCACCAAUCCGAUUCCCACAACACGGCGGAUUGCCGAAAUGUCAAGGCUGUGCUCAAGGAGAUGGCCUUGAAAGGGGAGCUUGGGGAAGGUUACGCGACGGGUAAUAAGAAGGACCCGAAAGCGAACACCUGGACCCGUCAUCAGGGAAAAGACCUGGGAAGGAGAAAAUCCGGGAAGGAUAACAACAAUCCGGAUAAAGAAUUCAUACAGAUGAUUGUCGGCGGCCCAGAAGGCAGGGACACUGCGUCCCAGCAGAAGAACUGGGCCAGGAGCUUGCACGUGGCGGUGGUUUCCCUGGAGUCACAUGGGAAGCAGGCAAGGAGGGAACCUAUCACUUUCACUGAUAGGGAUCUGCCCAGGACGGGGGGAGAUCAUAAUGACCCUUUGGUUAUUACAAUGGAUAUCAAUGGAGCAGAUGUGGCCAGGGUCCUGGUUGACACAGGAAGCAGUGUCAAUGUUUUAUACUUGGAUGCUUUCAAGAAAUUGAAGCUGGACAGGUCCAUGUUGAGACCGUUGCAAACUCCAUUGUCAGGCUUCACUGGAGCUAGCAUAGAAGCGGAAGGUCAGAUCACCUUACCAGUUACCUUGGGGUCGGGUAACAAAAUAGUAACCAAGCAAAUGAGAUUUGUUGUGGUUGAUAUCAAGUGUGUACAUAAUGCCAUUCUUGGNNUGCCCGGGAUUGACCGGUCAGUCAUUUGCCAUCGUCUCUCUGUUCUUGAGGGAUCUAGGCCUGUAAGACAGAAGAAGAGAUUUUUGGCAAGUGAUAGGAGGGACUUUGUGAAGAAAGAGGUCAAGGACCUACUUGAGGUAGGUCAUAUCAGGGAAGUAAACUACCCUGAAUGGCUGGCCAAUGUAGUCCUGGCUCCGAAGGGUGAUACCUGGAGGAUGUGCGUAGACUACACAGACCUCAACAAGGCAUGCCCAUAAAGUCGAAAGUUCAUUCUUUUUUGGCUUUUGAAGUGUAAUAGAAUAAAGUAAAGUUGAUUUUUAAAUUGUCUGUGCUUUCUUAAUUUAUGAAGUAGCAAUUAGUCUAAUUUCGACGCUGAGCCGGUGGAAGAUAAGGAGAAUUAAAAAGAAAAACUGACAUGACAC